AUGGCGUUUUAUGGGAUCGACCCCAUCCUGGUUGCGGACGUGGUCCUCUGGCCUGCCCGCUCCAUCAUCAAGCAAUCUUACGACGCACGGGAGCGCAAGAACGACAGCAAUCUGCCCCACCACCUGGGGUACGGCAACCUCAAUGGCGACGGCUUCGGCAUCGGCUGGUUCUCCACCUCGCUGAGUCAGCGCCCCGACUCCGCCAACCCCUGCGUCUUCACCUCCAUCACCCCUGCCUGGAACAACGAGAACCUCAACCGCCUGGCCACCAAGAUCGAGAGCCGGCUCGUGUUUGCGCACGUGCGCGCCGCCUACCCGGGCAUGCCCGUGUCGGAGCAGAACUGCCACCCCUUCCAGUGGGGCCGCUUCCUCUUCAUGCACAACGGCGUGGUGGCGGGGUUCAUGCAGGUGCGGCGCCACCUGCUGGCCCUCCUCUCCGACGCCGCCUAUAACGCGGUGCAGUCCUUUCACUCCGACUCCGCGGUCUGCUUCGCGCUCUUCCUGAACCAGCUGCCGGACAUGCACGCUGCCCCCAACCCCGUGGUCAUGCUCAAGGCGUUGGAGGACACCAUCUCCAUCAUCCAGGAGACGCAGAGCCAGCACGGCAUCGCCGGCAACUCGCUGCUCAACUUCUGUGUGUCAGACGGCGCCACGCUGGUGGCCACGCGCUACACCUCCAGCCCCGACGAGGAGCCUGCCUCGCUGUACUACGCCGAGGGCUGCAGCUACGACCGCAGCAAGGAGGGGGUGGAGGAGUCGGGCAUCGCCUCCGCCGCCGCCGCCGCCUCCGACCCGGGCGGGCAGCGCGACAGCGGCACGGCCAACGCCAGCUCCAAGGCCGUUGCGGGCGAGGGCGACUACCACCUGACCUACUCGGAGCUGGGGUCGCGCGUUUGCCUGAUCGCAUCGGAGCCAGUCACCUCCAGCGGGUCGGACUGGGUGGAGGUGCCGCGCAACACUGCGUUGGUGGUCUGCCGCGAGACCAGUGGCGUGCUGUGCGUCAUGCGCUCGCCGCUGGUGGCCGGCGCGGAGAACCCGCGCCGCGCGGAGGUGUACCGCUGCCUGGAGGCGGUGACGCUGGCCGCCGGGGUCAAGCCGGGCGCGCGAGAGCCGGUGCGCGCGCCUCGCGUGGCGGGCGUGGUCCCCGAGGCGGGGGUUUCGUCGCACGCAGACCAGGACGCGUCCACGCAGCCGCCACCCAGCAGCGCGUCACUGGAGCGCCACCUGCUGACGGGGCACUCCGGCACGGUGAUGGCGCUGUGCGCCUCGCACGACCUGCUCUUCUCGGGGGCCACGGACUGCAGCAUCAAGGUGUGGAGCCUGCAGUCGCUGGCCUGCGUCGCCACGCUGCGCGGGCACCGCGACCCCAUCCGCGCGCUGACCGUCUGCGGUACCCACCUGGCCUCGCUGGGGGCCAAGACGCUGCGCCUCUGGGCGCUCUCCUCCGACUUCACCUGCGCCUCCGUCCUGGCCGUCGCAGACGUGACGGGGAACGCCAAGACCGUGGUCGCGCCCUGCCCAGCGGCCACUGCCUCGGCCGCCGCCUGGGUCUACGUCGGGAGCCAGGACUGCCGCGCCACGGGGCAUGCGGGCGCGGUGACGGCGCUGGCCGCCAGCGGCGAGGUGCUCUUCUCCGCCUCUGCAGACUCCACCAUCCGGGUCUGGCGCCUGCCGAACCUGACCCACGAGCGCGUCCUGCGCGGCCACAGGGGCUCCGUGCUGGCGCUGCACCUGGCGGGCGGCGUGCUGCUGAGCGGCGGGCGGGACGCGGUGAUCCGCGUCUGGGAUUGCGGCACGCUGGUCUGCCGGCGCACGCUGCCCGGCCACCGCGGCGACGUGCUGGCGCUGACCAGCGUGGGCAUCGCCGUCCCCGCCGGCGGGGCGGGGGAGUACGCAGACCUGCUGUCCCCCGGCCUGGCCUCCCCCCUGGCCAGCGCCGCCGACAUCAGCCCCGCUAACCCCCUGUUUCUAGGUGCGGGGGGCGUCGGGGCCGGCAACGGCAUCGGCAACGCAGGGAGCACCACGUCCAACCUUCACCGCCGCCAGCCGCUGCUGUACGCCAGCGCCAGCGCCGAUGGCUGCGUCCGGCUCUGGGACGCGGCGACCUUUGCCUGCCUGCGCGUGCUGGGGGGCGGCCCCGGCGCUUCCCCUGUCAUGGCCUGCGCGCUGACCGAGACACAUGCCGCCGCGGCGCUGCCGGACGGCGUCAUUCGCCUCUAUGCGUGCGACGACCUAUUUGUGGCCGCCGCCGGGCGGGCGCUGGGCGUGCCUGUCGAGGCGGGGGAGCCGGGGAGGGGCGGGGUUGAGGCCAGGACUCGGCGGGGGCAGGGCGCCGCGCCCAAGCCCGAGGCGGGGGACGUGGUCACCAAGAUGGAGAGGGAGCUGGAGCGCGCGCUGCGCACCUUCAUCCGGCUCAGGACCAUUUCCGUCGACCCCAGCAAGUCGGAGGACUGCUUCCGGGGCGCCAAGUUCCUGCACCGCCUGCUGGAGGGGCUGGGCGCCGAGGUCAAACUGGUGCAGCCCAUGGAGGGGAAGAACCCGCUGGUCAUCGCCAGGCUGGGGCGCUGCCCCACCAAGCCCACCGUCACCUUUUAUGGUCACUACGAUGUGCAGCCGGCGCUGGAGCCGGAGUGGCAGACCGACCCCUUUGAGCUCUCCUCCAUCGAUGGCCACCUAUAUGGUCGGGGUGUGAGCGACAACAAGGGUCCCGUCCUGGCCUUCAUCUAUGCUGUCAAGGAGCUGCUGCAUGAGCAUGAGGCCGAGCUGCCGGUCAACGUCGCCUUCCUCAUUGAGGGCGAGGAGGAAAACGGGUCCACCGGCUUCCACGAGGCGGUGUCCGCCCACCUGGGCUGGUUCGAGGGCUCCCAGAUCGUCAUCAUCUCCAACACGCUGUGGGUGGGGGAACGCGUGCCGUGCCUGACCUACGGCAUGCGCGGCAUGAUCAGCGCGUCCAUCGAGGUGCAUGGCCCGGCGCGUGACCUGCACUCCGGCAACGAGGGCGGCGUGUUCAGCGAGCCCCUGGCGGACCUGACCAAGGUCCUGGCCUCGCUGGUGGACGCGCGGGCCAACAUUCUGGUCCCAGGCUUCUACGACGCGGUGCGCCCCGGCAUGCUAGACGCGGCGAUGCGCCGCCUCCCUGCCUCCCACGAGUUCAGCCUGGAGGGCUACCGCGCCCAGAUCGGGGUGCGGCGCCUGACCGCGGGGCGCAGCGAGUGGGACCUGCUGGCCGCGCGCUGGUGCCUGCCCAGCCUGUCGGUGGUGGACGUGCGGGUGGGGUCGGGGGACGACCCCGCGCGCUCCGCGCACUACCGCUUCGGCCCCACCCGCUUCUCCGUCAUCCCCCGCGCCGCCGUGGGCCAGGUGGCCAUCCGCUUCGUCCCCGCGCAGCGACCCGAGAGCCUGGUGGAGCACCUGAGGGCCCACGUCGCCCACGAGUUCGCCAAGCUGCGGACGGGGAACGAGAUUGCGGUCAAGGUGCACUCCAUCGGCGACUGGUGGGAGGCGGACGAGGCCUCGCCCUACACCAAGCUGGCUGAGCGAGUGGUGCAGGAGGAGUGGAGUACCACCCCCCUGCUCGUCAGAGAAGGUGGGACCAUGCCCGUGGCGAGAAAGCUGGAAAAAAUGCUGGGCGCGCCGGUGCUCAUGCUGCCCAUGGGCCAGUCCUCCGACAACUGCCACCUAGCGAACGAGCGCAUCCAGCGCGUCAACCUGCUGCGCGGGAAGAACGUGGUCAAGCGCCUGCUCAUGGAGGCGCCCCGCGCCAAGGCCGCGCAGUGA